CACAUCAGCAGCAGCGUUGGAGAUCCACCGGUCGGACAACACAUGGAUCCCCAGUGAGAAGAGCGGGCACUCCGGCCAGGGGGUCUGCAAGGUCUGAUGGCGCUGUGCUCGGAGGCCUGUGUCUCUGGCUCAGGAGGAGAGUCCUCCGGGAGUGAGGUGGGUUCUAGCUGUCUUCAGUUUGGGGUUCGUUCCUAUCUGCACCACUUCUAUGAGGAGUGCUCGUCCUCCAUGUGGGAGAGAGACCCCGAGGAUCCGGGGUUCGCCCAGAGCCAGAGGUCAGCCCUGUGGUGGAACUCAGCAGUCUGGAAGGUGUCCUUGGUCCUGGGUCUCCUGAUCCUGACUGCAGGUAUUGCCAGCCUGUCAGUCGGUUACUCCACCCCUCAUAAAAUCGAGUCGUUCGGAGAGGGGGAACUGUUCUUCCUGGACAGCCGUGCUGUCAGGUUUAACAGGGGGCUGCACCUCAGCACCGCAACCGGGAUCGGGCUCUGCUGUUUCGGCUCGGCCCUGGCGGCGAUGGGGGUUGUCUUUUGGAUCCUCCCCAGGGCCAACUUGAAAGAGAGGCUGUUCCACAGACCGGGGGGAGGAGAACGGAGAGAAGAGUCAUGGUCAAAGUGUAAGGGAUUUAGGUAUCCCGGGGAUGUGGUCACUAAGCCGCCAGGUAUAGAGGGGAAGAUACCCGUCACACUGUCGAAAGUGGAAAUUGUGCAGUCCACUUCUUAAAAAGUAUGCCUGCUGAGCUACAUUGUGUACAGGCUUUUGUUCUAGUCUUGGGGCCUCCUUUACCUGGUCUUAACAUUGGUGUUGAAGGAGCCAAGUGUCAUUUUAGCAUGCAAAUUGUUCAAAUGGAGGUUGUUUUGUGAUAUUGCAGUUAGACUAAAAAGACCUGGGAAACACCAGGAUUUAAAAGGGUGAUCAUCAAAUAAUCUGUGCAAAUGUUUCAUGUAGAGUUCAACUCUGACACAAUAAUUUGCGCCGUCUUGGCAACACUCACCUCUAAAGGGAUGGAGAGCCUGAGAGACAAAAAUAGAGCAAGUUAUCAUAGCUUAUUAGCUAUAUUGCACUAUCCACUUUUAGUUAACCGUCCUGUUAGCAGAUAAACUGCUCCACAAAAGAGGAAUGGUGCAGACAGUUAUGAGAGGAGUCCACGGUACAAAUAUGUAAUUCAAAUAAACUGUAUGAACUCAUUGUACCCUUUGUCGACCGGGCUAAGCUAAUUGGCUACCUGACCGAUAGGAAGAUUGUGAGCAGGGAGUGCAAACAGAACAGUAAAGAGAAAAUAGAGAGAAGCUCCUGGAGGUAUUGUGACGGACUAAUGCUAGCCUAGCCAAGCUGGUUAUCGACAGAUCUGUAAGAUCUGGAGUUUCUCCACAAAGAAUCAUGCAAAAGCACAACUAAUCUUGUGUUUAGCAGAGAUUUGCUCAUACGUUUCUUGGAAAUUUAUUCAUUCAGCACGAAAAAAGCAUAAAAACGACUAAUUGACUAAAGAAAUCUUAAUCGACUAGGACCAAAAAUGACCGAUUCGUUGACUAAUCGACUAAGAGGGGGCAGCCAUAGUAUGUUAAAGACAUAUCUGGCUUCAAAAGCAGAACUUGAUCUAAAUAGAUCAUCUAUUUGUUUUAAUAAAACAAAAUUAAAACAUAUAAAUGAGGUGAUGAUAUUGCAUAGAUCACAUAGAACACCUAUGUUUCCAUUCACGUGCACACGGAUUGCAGGACAUUAAAUUUGCCGCUCACAUGCAGAAGAAGGGUUAAGGAUAAAAAAAAAAAAAAA